AUGGGUGUUCAGAAGAAGACAAGGAAGUUUGCUGAGGUCAAGCGGGUGAUCGGAAAGAACGAUGCGAGACGCAAGGAGAAUCUGAAGAAGGCGGAGGAGGCCGUCGAGAAGGCCAAGCGCGAGCGACGAGGAGCCGACGGCGAGAUCGUCCGCGAGAUCCCACAAGUCCCGUCUCAUAUGUUCUUUCAGCAUAACGAGGCGCUAGUCCCGCCCUACUCCGUACUCGCGGAGUUGGAGAAGCUGGGACCCAAGUUCCGUAUCCCUCUGCGUAUUGCCCGCGACGAGAGGUGGCAGAGAGCCAAGUGCGAUCACAAGGGAACCUAUGGUGAUGACUGCUUAAUCAGCCGUGUUCAAAAAGAUAAAAUCUACAUUGUCGCAACCAACGAUCGUGGCUUGCAGCAGCGUAUACGCAAGAUUCCUGGAGUUCCGAUCAUGAAGUGCGCCCGCGGAAAGUACCUGAUCGAGAGACUGCCUGGUGCUCCGGAGUAA